AUGCUGAAUCGGCUUCGUGUAGCAUGCCACGGCCACCACGGUUCAUGGUUACGAUUAACUGUUUCUAAAGCCACUUACGCGACUCAAGUCCCUAAAAAAGCCGCAGGCGUUUUUACCAGCAACAAACACAUUGCACAACCUGUCCAGGGCGAAACCCCAGCUAUCAACAAGACAUUGGUCUAUAUUGGCCCGUUUGCCGAAACCAUCCGACGAUAUAAAAUGACAGCAUCCUUAUUCGGUAUCUGCGGCCUGUGUGCGGUUCCAGCAUUGAUGAGCACAGGACAAGCCCCGCCACUGAGUGUCAUCAAGGACAAAUGGUUGGGCAUUGAAACGUGCAAUUUCUUUGGCAAAUAUUCGGAAGAGAAUAUGUGGCUGUCCGAAUUAAGAACGGUGCCAUCAGAAAAGUCGGUGCUUUGGAAGGACACGAAGCGAAGAAAAGCAACGUUUGCACUGGAAAAGGCGGUGAUGGAAAGUGAUCCUUUCCUUCGAGGGCUGGCCGAUCGGUGCCGGAAAAUGAUAUCAUAA